AUGCGUGUUGACCCUUCAUGGCGCAAACCAAAGGGUAUUGACAACCGUGUCCGCCGACGCUUCUCCGGCCAGGCUGCUAUGCCAAAAAUUGGCUAUGGCUCCAACAAGAAGACCCGCCACAUGAUCCCCUCCGGGCACAAAGUCUUCCUCGUCCAGAAUCCAAAGGACGUUGAACUACUUUUGAUGCACAACCGCACAUACGCUGCUGAGUACAUUUCCCCCGGCUGCCUUUCGAUUAAAGCAGAGGUUAUAACCUCUCUAUUUCUUCGAUCAUAUCUAAUUACUUUUUCGCCAAUCAGGAUCGGUCACGCUGUUUCUUCCGCCAAGCGAGUCGAUAUCAUUGCUAAGGCCAAGGCUCUCGGUGUCAAGGUCACGAACGCUAAGGGCAGACUAACAACCGAAUCGUAA